AUGGAUGGCCUACUGGCUGAUAAGGCCACUGCACCAAGUUUCGAUGAGCGGGAUGGCAAGAUGCUCACCGAGAACGCCGACGUAGCCCACAGCACCUCGGGUGAGCCUCUGGUCGAUCUCUUCUACGAGCUGGAGGGUGUCGUCGGUGGCGACCGCCUUCGCCAUGUUCUCGAGAAGGCCUGGGCUACCGACGCUGAGUCAACUCUCAAGAUCAUCUGGAACGCUCGCUCUAUCCACCUCGGCAAGAGCAGCCGCAACGUCUUCUACCAAGCUGUUGGCUGGCUGUACACCAACCACCCAGCUACCCUCAUCAUCAAUCUCCCUUGGCUGGUGCGCCCACUCAUCCCCAAGAAGGCACCACAACAGGAGCAGAAGGGAGAAGAGAAGGGAGAGGCCAAGCAGGAGGCCAAGGAUGUCGAUAGUGACUUUGAGAUGAUCGAUGAGAAGGAGCUUCCAGGCCAGCCCGAGACUAAGAAGAUCAAGCUUGACGAGGAUGCCGCUCUAUCGGAGUUCGAUGUCAAGUACGGAGUGGCCCACGGUUACUGGAAGGACCUGCUCAACAUUCUGGCUCUUGCUGCCAACGACGAGCUCAAGUUUGAUGGCCAGCCACGCACCAUCCUCAACGUGGAGAAGCCAAAGGGCAAGCCUCGCGACCGUGACUGGACAGAGGGCCGCAAGAAGGCCAUCACGCAAGCGCGCCACGACAAGAUUGUCAACAAGCUCAAGACCGACCCCAUCUACAAGGCACUACACGUCAGCGUAGCACGCCUCUUCGCCGACCAGCUCAAGCUCGACUUUGAUCGCCUCCAGUCUAGCGCCAAGCAGGAUGUGAAGGCCAUCACUCUUUGCGGAAAGUGGGCACCAACCCACAAGGCCAUGCACGACCAGCACACCUGCAUCGUCACCUCGAUCGCUGAGUUGCUCUUCUCUUUCGAGGAUGUCUGUCCCGACGCCGACCCAGGCGACCGCACUCUCUACAUCAAGCAUCUUCGCCAGCGGUACCACUUCACCAUCCCCAAGCUUCGCAAGCAUCUUCAGAUCGUUGAACGCUCCAUCACCGCUGAGAAGUUCGACGAGAUCAAGUACAACCGUGUGCCAUCUCUCGCCAUGAAGCAGUACACACCACUCUUCGCCAAGAAGGACUUCGAUCGCUUCGACAAGUACAUUGAGGAUGUCGCUCAGGGCAAGGCUACAAUCUCUGGUGCCACUCUCCUCCCUUCCACUCUGGUGCGAGACGUUCUUGGUGGUCCUAGGAUGACGCACGGCCGUGGUUCUGUGACGACUACCCAGCUUGUUGAGAAGAAGAUGCAUGACAUCAAGCUGAAGAGUCUGGGAGGGCAAUGGUCGACUCUUGUCCAGCGCAUCAAGGACUCGGGCACUUUGGAGUCUUCCAUCGCCAUUGCCGACGUGUCAGGCUCCAUGCACUCUCCAGUCUUCCCUGACUCUACCCGUCCCAUCGACUCGUCCGUUGGCUUGGCUCUCCUCAUCGCCGAAGUCACCAAGCCUCCAUUCGGCGGCGCUUUCAUCACCUUCUCUGAUCAACCUCAAGUCAUGCGUGUUGGAGGUGACUCAGACAAGCGUUCGUUCAAGGAGAAAGUCGACUACAUCGAGCGCUCGAACUGGAGCAUGAACACCAAUUUCGUGUCCGUCUUUGAAGACCUCAUCCUCCCCAUGGCCAUUGAGAACAAGCUCACUCAGGAGGACAUGGUCAAGCAGGUCUUCGUGUUCAGCGACAUGCAGUUCGAUGGUUGCGGCGGCGGCCAGCGCUGGACCACCUCGUUCGAGCGCAUUCAGAAGAAGUACAAGGAUGCUGGCUAUGAGAUGCCACAGAUCGUCUUCUGGAACCUGGCUGGCGGUCGAAAUGGCACCGCUCCCAAGCCUGUCACUGCCACUGAAGAGGGCACGGCGCUUGUCAGCGGAUACAGCCAGGGUCAGCUGAAGAUGUUCCUUGAGAACGGUCAGUUCGAGGACCCAGAGGAGGAGGACGUGAUCGGGCAGACGGAGGAUGGCGACGAGGUUGUGAUUGAGAAGAAGACGGAGAAGAAGAAGCAGGACCCUCUGGCGCAGGUGAAGCGGGCCAUCUCUCACGAUGCGUACCGCAUGCUCAAGGUGGUUGAUUAG